AUAAGUGUUCAGACGCAGAUCAAAGCUUCAAGCCAAACGGUGUCGUUUCAGUGUUCUCGUUCCCUAAAAUUGUCCGCCGCCGAUCGCCGCCUCCGCCGCCGCACCUAUCAUUUCUUCAGUCCACAAUCCGCACCACAUUCGGUCAACGAUCGGUUCUCCGUCCAUGGAAUCGAAGCCGGAGUCCGGCCGCAAGACCAAUCACGCGGAACGCCUCAAUCCCAAUACUGAACCCUACGACGAAACCGAAGACGAGGAGGAGAACGAAGACGACGACGACGACUUCGAGGAGGAGGAGGACGAUGAAGGAUCCAGAACCUUGACUCCAGAAGCGCGAAUGCGGAAGGAACACGCGAACAUGGAAUCUCUUUUCAGGCGCCUCUCGUCGGAGAAGGUGCCGGUCCGCGUCCACGACAUAAUUAUCAAGGGAAACAACAAGACAAGAGACGAUUUGAUCGAGGCCGAGGUGGAGGCGGUGUUCAGAGAUGCUUCAAGCUUCCAGCAGCUGCUGCGAGCCGCCAGUGUUGCCAAUAUGCGGCUGCAGGGCCUAGAUAUCUUCGAUUCGGUCAAUAUUACCCUCGAUGCUGGUCCGCCGGAGCUUCCUGGAACUGCAAACGUCGUCAUUGAGGUUGUCGAGGCCAAAAACCCUCUCACUGGAUCUAUAGGGGUUUACUCCAAGCCUGAGGCUAGAUCUUGGUCUCUGGAAGGGGCACUGAAACUGAAGAAUUUGCUCGGAUAUGGAGAUAUUUGGGAUGGUUCGGUUGCAUGUGGAUGGGGUCAAGUAUUGGAAGUAAGCACGGGACUGUCUUUACCCCGAUUUAAAGGAAUGUCGACUCCCUUGUCUGCUAGACUAGCUCUUCUUUCGCAAGAUUGGUUGAAAUUUUCAUCCUAUAAAGAGCGUGCACUUGGCCUCUCUCUGGGGUUGCUAUCGACUGGAAAACAUGAUUUAUCCUACAAUCUCUCUUGGUGUACUUUAACAGAUCCGUCUCAAAUGUCUUCCCAUGCUGUGAGGAGGCAGCUUGGGCAUAGUUUGCUGUCAGCGUUAAAGUAUACCUUUAAAAUUGAUCGAAGAGAUUCGCCAAUGCGACCUACUAAAGGACAUGCAUUUGUUUCAACAACUCAAGUUGGUGGUCUUUUUCCUGAUGUUCGAAGCCUGCGCUUCAUACGCCAGGAAUUCGAUCUCCGCUACGCCAUCCCACUAGGUUUCUACCAGGCUGCAUUAAAUUUUGGAGUUUCCGGUGGUCUUAUGCUGCCAUGGGGAACCGGUUUCUUGAACACACCCUCAUAUUUGCCUCUGCGGUUCUUCAUGGGUGGUAAUUCUUCUCCAGUUUGCUCUCUGAGAGGGCCCACAUCAGUGCUGGGGUUCAAGGCCAGGGGAUUGGGUCCCGCUGAGCCGAGAAGAUACAUGAAAGAUAACUCCGAUGGCGGAAACAAUAACGAAUCUGGCAUAGAUCAUGUUGGAGGAGAUCUGGCACUCACUGCCUUUGCCGACCUCUCUUUUGAUUUUCCAUUGAAAGUUCUGAGGGAAGCCGGGAUCCAUGGACACUUAUUUGCCUGUGCCGGUAGCCUGACUAAAUUGUCUGAAAUUGCAAACAAACAUUUCACUCUCCAGAAGUUUCAGGAUUCGGUAAGAAGCUCAGCAGGAUUUGGUGUCAUUGUCCCCACCAAGCUUUUCCGAAUGGAGGUGAAUUAUUGCUACAUUUUGAAACAACAUGAAAACGAUAUGGGCAAGACCGGCAUACAGUUCUGUUUCUCGUCGCCCCACUAGUCGAUUCAUGUUGGCAACUCGCCAUAUUCCUCAGUACCCGAAAGGCAGUUCUUCUAUCUCUGCCCGCUAUCGAGACCAGUGCUCUUAUUCAAUCCAGGUUCUGCUACGUUUCUCUUUCGAUUUAACUUUGCAUAAAAUGAAACAAGCUGCGCCCUAAUGAAUUUCUUGGCAUGCUUUGUUUGUUUUAAUCAUAAGACUUAAGGCAAUAGAUUUUGAUUAAUAUUGUCGGGAUUCCU